GAUCUUCUCAUCAUCAUUCUAUACUUUGUUCUCUGUAUGGCUGUUGGAUUAUGGUCGUCAUGUAAAGAGAACACCGGAAGUGUGAAAGGAUACUUUUUGGCGGGAAGAAAUAUGAUAUGGCUACCGGUGGGUGCUUCAAUAUUUGCCACCAACUUUGGCAGCCAUUUCUUUGUUGGUAUGGCGGGAACGGCGGCUGCUAGCGGACUAGGCGUGGUCAUCUAUGAAUGGCAUGCAGUGUUUAUAUUGAUGUUGUUGGGAUGGUUUUUUGUACCAGUUUAUGUGUCGAGUGGGGCCUAUACGAUGCCCCAGUAUUUAAAGAAGAGGUUUGGUGGAAAACGAUUGAGAAUAUAUCUUUCAGUGCUGGCCAUUUUCCUACUUAUCAUUCAAAAGAUCUCGGUGAGUAUGUAUGCUGGAGCGAUCUUUAUUCAACAAUCUCUAGGAUGGAAUAUGUAUCUUUCAAUUGUCAGUGUAACUCUUAUCACAGCCGUUUAUACUAUUAUAGGAGGUUUAUCAGCAGUUAUAUGGACUGAUACUCUACAAACAGUAAUCAUGAUGGUUGGUUCAACAUACCUUACUGUAGCUUCUUUUAUUAAAGUCGGUGGAAUGGAAGCAUUAUUCGAAAAGUACAUGAAUUCAGCUCCGAAUGUUACUACGUGCCGAAACGUUACUAUGGGUUACCCGCGUGAGGAUGCUCUACACAUAUUCCGAGAUCCCAUUACUGGCGACAUCCCGUGGACUGGGGCUAUAUUCGGGCUGACACCUAUGGCCAUUUUAGCUUGGUGUACUGAUCAGGUGAUGGUUCAAAGAGUUCUGGCAGCUAAAACUCAUUCCCAUGCUAAAGGUGGUGUUAUUUUUGCUGCGUGGUUAAAAAUUACUCCAUUUUUCUUGGUGAUUCUUCCUGGUAUGAUAGGACGAGUUCUCUUUCCUGAUGAAAUAGGUUGUGUAGAUCCUGAUAUUUGUAUGAAAGUCUGUGAGAAUCCCAAUGGUUGUUCCAAUAUAGUUUAUCCAAAAUUAGUCGUAGAAGUACUUCCCUCUGGUGUACGAGGGUUGAUGUUAGCGUGUAUGUUAUCAGCUCUAAUGAGUACCCUGACGUCAGUAUUUAACAGUUCUAGUAGUAUGUUCACUCUAGAUCUCUGGACCAGAUUCAGACGGAAAGCUUCAGAAAGAGAACUUAUGAUUGUUGGACGGGUAUUCAUCGUUGUUUUAGUGGGUAUCAGCAUUCUCUGGGUACCGAUAUUAACAGCUAAUCAAGGGGGACAACUGUGGAACUACCUUCAAGCCAUGCAGGCGUAUCUUGCUCCACCAUGGGUCGUGGUUUUUAUCAUGGGUUUGGCUUGGAAGAGGACUACAGAAAAGGGAGCGUUUUGGAGUCUAAUGGCGGGUCUAGCUGUCGGUGGUUCUCGUCUAGUGAUAGAUUUAGCCUAUCAGAAGCCAUCUUGUGGAGAUGAUGAAACCAGGCCGGCAAUUCUCUAUAAAGUACAUUUUCUCCAUUUUGCUGUAAUUCUAACUGGAGUGGUGUUUAUUGUUUGUGUCGUCGUCAGUUUGUUUACCCAACCACGGGACGAGAUUAAGCUUCGAAGAGUCACGUGGGCGACCAGACGAUCAGAACCAAGGGAGGUAAGUGAUGAUGAAGAUGAUUUUGAUCAUGCUGGAGACGAAGACGUCGAGGAGAAGGAACAGGAAGUGGAACCCAAACUGACUGUAAGGCAGCGUAUUUACAAUAUUCUGUGCUGUUACUCGAGUUUUAAAGGAAAAGCUCCGACCAAAGCAAUGGAAGAGGAAGCCACGAAGCAGUACAGAGGAGUCCACGAACCAAUGUGGAUUAGGCGUUUCUUGGAUUUUAAUGCCUUGCUCGUCAUGGCGUGGACAGUAUUUCUGAUCGCAUUGUUUGCCUAAUGUCUUCGCAAUACCAAGCUAUAACCUACUUGGUCCUAUACCUUGACUCCAAUAGUCGCCUUCCAUGCUUUUGUAAACGAUUUGAUUGGAUGGUACGCUACCAAAUACAGCCAAUCAGUGCCCUUGAUUACACGCGUAACUAAACUGUUCACAGGCUUGAUAAUAAAGUUUAUUUACAACGAA